AUGGCUCUUCCGUCUAGCAUCGUCGAGAUGGCGCAGGCAUCAGGUCACUUGCCACACAUGGCUUCAGAUGAUCCGAUUGCAGCGCUCAAGGCCGCCAACUACAAAGGCAAGGGUCUCAUGGACCCUAUCAAGACGGUCGAGGACAAGUGGGAGCUUGUUCCCGCCUUUCUCCAAGUCAAAGGGUUAGUCAAGCAGCACAUCGACUCUUAUAACUACUUUGUUGACCAUGACCUCAAGAAUAUCAUCAAGGCCAACGAAAAGAUCACUUCCGACAUUGAUCCCAAGUUCUACCUCAAGUACACCGAUAUCACCGUAGGAGAGCCUCGCAGAUACGACGGCGAUGCUUUGCAAAGGCCCAUCACGCCGCACGAAUGCCGACUUCGAGACAUCACCUACUCGGCCCACAUAUUUGUCAACAUAGAGUAUACCCGAGGUGGCAAGAUCAUCCGCCGCAAGAAUGUCGCCAUUGGUCGCAUCCCCGUCAUGCUUCGCAGCAACAAAUGCGUUCUCGCCAACAAGUCCGAAAAGGAACUUGCAAAGAUGAGUGAAUGCCCCUUGGAUCCAGGAGGAUAUUUUGUGGUCAAGGGAACAGAAAAAGUGAUUCUCGUUCAAGAACAGCUCAGUAAGAACAGGAUCAUCGUCGAGGCCGACACGAAAAAGGGUACUGUGUCAGCCUCGGUUACUUCAUCAACCCACGAGCGCAAGUCCAAAUCGUACGUUCUCACAAAACACGGCAAGAUCUAUCUCAAGCACAACUCGCUUCACGAAGAUAUUCCGAUCGCCGUCGCCUUCAAAGCCAUGGGUAUCCAAGCCGAUCGCGAGAUCCUUCAGCUUGUUGCAGGUCACGACGAUAUCCACAAGGAGCUUUUUGCCAUCAACCUCGAGGAGGCCGCUCGAUUGGGCAUCUACACGCGCAAACAAGCGCUUGACUUUAUCGGUGCUCGCGCCAAAGCAUCGCGCAAGCCGCUCUCGAUGCGACGUCCACUCUCCGAGGAGGCGCUCGACGUUCUUGCUACUGUCAUCAUGGCUCACGUGCCUGUUGAGAGGCUCAACUUCCGUCCAAAGGCAAUUUACAUCGCAUCCAUGGUUCGCAGAGUGCUCAUGGCCAUGCAGGACGAGAAGAAGGUCGACGACCGCGAUUACGUCGGAAACAAGAGGCUCGAACUGGCAGGACAGCUGCUUUCGCUUCUUUUUGAGGACCUCUUCAAAAAGUUCAACUCGGAUCUCAAGAUGAACAUCGACAAGGUGCUUAAGAAGCCCAACCGUACUGUCGAGUUUGACGCCUUCAACCAAUUCCACUUCAAUGGCGACUACAUCACCUCGGGCUUUGUGCGUGCCAUCUCGACGGGCAACUGGAGCUUGAAGCGUUUCAAGAUGGAACGCGCCGGCAUUACCCACGUUCUCAGUCGCUUGUCUUUCAUUGCUGCAUUGGGAAUGAUGACCAGGAUCAGCUCGCAGUUUGAAAAGACGAGAAAGGUCUCGGGUCCACGCGCGCUGCAACCAUCACAGUGGGGCAUGCUGUGUCCCUCGGAUACCCCAGAAGGUGAAGCGUGUGGUCUCGUAAAAAAUCUGGCGCUUACCACGCACAUCACCACGGACGUCGAAGAAGAGCCGAUUGCUAGGAUCGCCUUCACGCUCGGUGUCGAAGACAUCCACCUUCUCACCGGUGCAGAGCUUUACCGUCCCGAUUCGUAUGUUGUCUACCUGAACGGUAACGUGCUGGGCGUGACGCGAUUCCCGCAGCGCUUUGUACUGCAGUUUCGUCGUCUGCGCCGUGCUGGUCGCGUGUCCGAGUUCGUCUCGGUGUAUACGAACCACCAUCACCAGACCGUCUACAUCGCCUCGGACGGUGGGCGCAUCUGUCGACCUCUGAUCAUUGUCGAUGCGUUUACCGGUCAUCCGCGUGUCACCGAGUCGCACAUGCAGCAGCUCAAGUCGGGCGCUCGUCGCUUUGACGAUUUCCUCCACAACGGUCUGAUCGAGUACGUCGACGUCAACGAAGAAAAUGACGCCAAUAUUGCCAUGUACGAGCACGAGAUCAAGCCGCAGUAUACGACGCAUCUCGAGAUCGAACCAUUCACCAUCCUCGGCGCCGUGGCAGGUCUGAUCCCCUAUCCUCAUCAUAACCAGAGUCCGAGAAACACGUAUCAGUGUGCGAUGGGUAAACAAGGCCAGGGAGCGAUCGGUUACAACCAACUGAUUCGCAUCGACACACUGCUCUAUCUUAUGCUAUACCCUCAACAGCCCAUGGUGAAAUCACGCACGAUCGAGCUGAUCGGCUACGACAAGCUUCCGGCGGGGACCAACAGCAUGGUAGCGGUGAUGUCCUACUCGGGCUACGAUAUCGAGGAUGCGCUGGUGUUGAACAAGGCAUCUCUGGAUCGUGGAUUCGGGCGUUCGCAGACGAUGAAGAAGUCAUCGACAGUGAUCCGCAAGUAUCCGAACGGCACCCAUGACCGGUUGGCGGAUGCACCUGUGGAUGAUACCACGGGCAAGCGACAGAAGCGGUACGACAUUUUGGAGGCCGACGGCAUUGCGGGAGUCGGUGAGCGUGUCGAGCAAGGCGAUGUGUACGUCAACAAGCAAACACCGGUGAAUGCGAACGACAACUCGUCAGCAGCUAUCAUGAUCGGCGCGUCCAACGCUGCGGCUUCCGUGGCGUACAAAUCAGCACCACUAUCGUACAAACCACCUGUAUCGGGCUAUAUUGACCAGGUGCUCAUCACGGACACGGACUCGGACCAAACAUUGAUCAAGGCGCUGAUCCGACAAACACGCCGGCCGGAGCUCGGCGACAAGUUUUCCUCGCGACACGGUCAAAAGGGUGUAUGUGGUCUGAUUGUGCAGCAGGAAGACAUGCCGUUUACGGACCAAGGUAUCAACCCAGACAUCAUUAUGAAUCCGCACGGAUUCCCGUCUCGAAUGACGGUCGGAAAGAUGAUUGAGCUGCUCUCGGGAAAAGCGGGAGUGAUCACGGGCACUUUGCAGUACGGCACUGCGUUUGGCGGGUCCAAAGUCGAGGAUAUGUCGGCGCUGCUCGUCGAGAACGGUUACAACUAUGCGGGCAAAGAGACGCUCACCUCUGGUAUCACUGGUCAACCUCUGGAAUGCUACGUCUACUUCGGUCCGAUCUACUACCAACGUCUCAAACACAUGGUUCAAGACAAGAUGCAUGCUCGAGCGCGCGGUCCUCGUGCCGUGCUCACACGACAGCCCACCGAGGGUAGAUCCAGAGAUGGAGGUCUAAGAUUGGGCGAGAUGGAGAGGGACUGUCUGAUUGGCUACGGUGCAACCCAGUUGCUGUUGGAGAGGUUGAUGAUCAGCUCGGAUGCCUUCACUGUGCAUGCCUGCCAGAAGUGCGGCUUGAUGGGCUACAACGGCUUCUGUCCCUACUGCAGCAGCAGCAAACAUGUUGUUCAGCUCACCAUUCCGUACGGUACCAAGUUGAUGCUCCAGGAACUAAUGGCUAUGCAGGUGGUACCCAGGUUGGUGUUGGAGGAUGCCGUCUAG